AUGACCCAGCUCUAUGACGAAAUACCUGAAUCUCUCAUCCAAUGGAUCAAGAAACAGCACAUGUUUUGGGUGGCUUCAGCUCCCCUGAGUCCUGACGGACACGUAAAUCUCUCCCCUAAGGGCAUAGGGGAUUGUUUCCAUGUCGUGAACUCUCGCAGAGUUUGGUAUCAGGAUUUGACCGGGAGCGGAGUGGAAACGAUCUCUCAUAUCAGGGAGAAUGGUCGCGUAACGAUCCUAUUCAAUGCCUUCGAGGGACCUCCCAGGAUUUUGAGACUGUACGGACAAGGAACUGUAUACGAAUAUGGAACGGAAGAAUACGAAUCUCUUAUUUCUCCUGAGACUAGGAAACCGGGCUCCCGUGCAGCUGUCGUCAUCGAUGUACAACAGUGUCAAACGUCAUGUGGUUACGCUGUUCCAAUGUACGACUUUGUUACACAUCGCACUCAACUCCUCCAAUGGGCCGAUACUCAAGAAUCACGCACCCGCGCUUUAGACACCACAUCCUCCCCAGAGACUCAUCAGAAGGGUAUCAGAGCAUAUUGGGUUCAAAAUAACUUGAGAAGCCUGGAUGGCCUGCCUGGUCUGCUCACGGCACCUGAUUCCAAUCUAAUGCUUGUCAGUAAUUUUGACAAGGAAGAUCAAAGGUCGAAGUUGCGGUAUUCAUCGUCAUCUUUGAGAGAGGGACGCUCCCAGAGUAGCGGUGCAAAUUUAGCCAUUGGUUUUGCCCUUGGUGCAUUGGUCGCUACCACCGUUCCCUAUAUCCUAUCUGCCACCAGAAAGUUUGAUGUACAUGUUUCAUCAACGAAAAGCAGCUGGCCUGAUGCCAGAGAAACACUGGGCAGCUUCAUAGAUAUCUUCGAUUUCCCAACUGUGGCCCGGGCUGAGUGUAAGUUCACAUUCUUUGAACACCAAGGUAUUUGCACGAUUCUAUCCAUGACCCACUUCUAUGAUGAGAUACCUGAAUCUCUCAUCCAAUGGAUCAAGAAACAGCACAUGUUUUGGGUGGCUUCAGCUCCCCUGAGUCCUGACGGACACGUAAAUCUCUCCCCCAAGGGCACGGCAGAUAGUUUUCAUGUCGUGAACUCUCGCAGAGUUUGGUAUCAGGAUUUGACCGGGAGUGGAGUGGAAACGAUCUCCCAUAUCAGGGAGAAUGGUCGCAUAACGAUCCUGUUCAAUGCCUUCGAGGGACCUCCCAGGAUUUUGAGACUGUUCGGAAAAGGAACUGUAUACGAAUAUGGAACAGAAGAGUAUGAAUCUCUUAUUUCUCCUGAGACUCGGAAACCGGGCUCUCGUGCAGCUGUCGUCAUCGAUGUGCAUCAGUGUCAAACGACAUGUGGAUUCGCUGUCCCGCUGUACGACUUCGUUACACAUCGCACUCAACUUCUCCGAAUGGCCGAUAUCAAAGAGUCAUGCAGCCGCGUUUCAGCCACCAUAUCCUCCCCAGAGAUCCAUCCGAAUGGUAUACAAGCAUAUUGGGUACAAAAUAACUUGAAAAGCCUGGAUGGCCUACCCGGUCUGCUCACGGCACCUGAUUCCAAAGUAACACCUGUCAGUAAUUUUGACAAGGAAGGUCAAAGGCCGAAGUUGCGAUAUUCAUCUUCAUCUUCGAGAGAGGGACGCUCCCAGAGCAGCAAUGCAAAUUUAGCCAUUGGUUUUGCCCUUGGUGCAUUGGUCGCUACUACCAUUCCAUAUAUCCUAUCUGCUACCAGAAAGUUUGACAUAUUCACCACUCGAGCUUAA